CACAUCUUCUGACGCCCUUCGUCAAAAGACUCAAGGCAGACGGUGGCAAAUCCCGCUCACCAAUCCCUGUCCAAUCCCGCGCUCGCGAUCGUUGUCCAAUCCCCCCGACUCGAGUGAUCAAUCUGUCCUAUUCUGAGCGACUCACCCAGCAUCAGCGCACAAGUACUCUUGCGUUAAGGAUGACGUGAUGCUUGCCCGCGCUCUCUUUUCUCUGCUCGCCUUCGUUGCGCUUGCACCGUUCGUCUCCGCCGCUUCAGACUAUUAUGAAAAUCUCCUUCUACAACCUUUACCGCAAUCAGCCCUCCUAGCCUCAUUUACCUUCCGGGGCAAUGAGUCGCAACAAUCCUUUGACGAGCGACACUUCCGAUACUUCCCGCGCGCCCUAGGCCAGAUUCUGCGCCAUACGAAUACUAAAGAACUUCAUCUCCGAUUUACCACGGGACGAUGGGACGCUGAAAGCUGGGGUUCGCGCCCCUGGAACGGGAGCAAGGAAGGCGGCACGGGGGUCGAGUUAUGGGCGUGGAUUGAUGCGCCGAGUGACCAAGAAGCUUUCGCGAAAUGGAUCACCCUGACGCAGUCACUGUCAGGUCUGUUUUGCGCCUCGUUGAAUUUCGUUGACUCCACGCGGACCACUCGCCCUGCGGCUUUGUUUGACUCCACAGGCGAUCAUCCCGCAUCUAGUAAUCUGCAUUUGCUACACGGAACGCUUCCUGGUGAAGUGGUGUGCACCGAGAACCUGACGCCCUUUGUGAAACUCCUCCCGUGUAAAGGGAAAGCGGGGAUUUCUAGCCUGCUGGAUGGGCACAAGUUGUUUGAUGCAUCGUGGCAGAGCAUGUCAGUCGACGUGCGUCCUAUCUGCACUAGCCCCGACGAGUGUGUUGUGCAGAUCGAUCAGACUGUUGACAUUGUGUUGGACAUUGACCGGUCUAAACGACCUCGAGACAACCCGAUCCCGAGACCUGUUCCCACUGAAGAGCUCGUGUGUGACACAUCCAAGCCCUAUCACUCUGAAGACGCGUGCUACCCGUUGGAGAGCGCGGCCGAGAAAGGAUGGAGUCUGCACGAAAUCUUCGGCCGUACCGUCAGCGGGGUGUGCCCUCUGGCCGAAAAUGCCAACGACAACGAGCCGAUAUGUCUGCGCGUGCCACAUGACCGUGGCGUGUACAUAUCCCCUGGCGCGACGGAGAGAAAAGACGAGGCGGGCUUCUCGCGCUGCUUCAGUCUCGACCCUUCCCAGCCCUUCGAUCUCCUCGUCCAGGAGCAGGACGCCACGGUGCAAGUCCCCCUGGACGAGCCCGUCCUCCGCGCCGAACGGACCAUUGUCGGCCACGGCCAAGAACGUGGUGGCAUGCGGAUCAUCUUCGACAACCCGAGCGACGCGCACGGCGUCGACUUUGUCUACUUCGAGACCCUCCCGUGGUUCCUGCGUCCCUACGUGCACACCCUCCAGGCAACGAUCACCGGCCGCGAUGGCAUCCGACACCAGGUCCCCGCGUCCCAGAUCAUCCGCGAGACCUUUUACCGGCCGGCCAUCGACCGCGAGCGCGGCACCCAGCUCGAACUCGCCAUCUCAGUACCGGCCGCCUCCACCGUGACGCUAACCUACGACUUCGAGAAAGCUAUCCUGCGCUACACCGAGUACCCCCCCGACGCCAACCGGGGCUUCAACGUCGCGCCCGCGGUGAUCAAGCUCAGCCAGAACCCACCGGUCUACAUCCGCACUACGAGCCUGCUCCUCCCGCUGCCGACCCCAGACUUCAGCAUGCCUUACAACGUGAUCAUCCUCACCAGCACGGUCAUCGCCCUCGCGUUCGGCAGCGUCUUCAACCUGCUAGUCCGGCGGUUUGUCUCCGCCGACGAAGCAGCGGCACUGACGUCACAGACGCUCAAGGGCCGGUUACUGGGCAAGGUUGUCGCGCUGAAAGAUCGCCUAGGUGGGAAGCAGUCGAAGACGGAAUAGG